AUGCAGCUGGAGGCAAUUCCACUCUUCACUGAGAACAUGAAGCGCCGUCUAGCAAGAAAGCCCGAGCUGCUAGACGAGCUCGUUCCAGACUUUCCACCAACCUGUCGCCGUCUUACCCCAGGUCCGGGCUACCUUGAGGCAUUAACAGAUCCACAGGUAGAGCUAAUCAAGUCCACAAUUGUCAAGGUCGAGGAGACUGGUAUCAUCACCGCGGAUGGAAGCCAUCGACCCGUCGACAUGAUCGUCUGUGCAACUGGGUUCGACACCAGCUACACACCUCGAUUCUCCAUCACUGGACGUGGUGGGAUCGCCCUUGCUGAACGGUGGAAGGUGACACCCGAAACAUAUCUCUCGAUCGCAACCGAUGAAUUUCCGAACUAUUUUAUCUGCUUUGGCCCGAACUCGGGACUGGGCGAAGGAAACGUGAUUAUGCUCUUUGAAAAACAGAUUGAAUACUUCGCUGAGUGUCUGCGCAAAAUCCAGCGAGACAAUAUUCGCUCUAUGAUUGUGCGAGCUGAUGCCGUAAGACGGUUUACCAGGUAUUGUGAUGACUAUUUCAAGGGAACAGUCUACGCCAGCAAACGUCGUAGUUGGUACAAGGGGGGGAGUGAACAAGGACGUGUUACGGGUGUUUGGCCAGGGUCGUCGAUUCACGCUAUGAAAGUAUUCUCCAAUCCUCAUUUGGAGGACUUUGAGUAUGAAUACCUGAAUAACAAUCCUUGGGGUUGGAUUGGCGACGGAUGGACUGAAAAUGAGAAGCAUAAAAGGAUCAAUGUUGAUUACUUGAAUGAAGACCAGAUUGAUUUUCCCCACUCAAUCAUAAUACAGAAUGGGGCAGCUAUGGAUAACCUUGAACAAAUUCCCCCCCAGAUCCGAUCUUCCUCUCUUCAUUAUUACCCCAGAUCUCCUCCCCGAUGGACAGCCAUGAAGCCCGCCGAGAAGCACUUUCGCUGCACGAUCUGUCAGCGGGGCUUCACACGCAUUGAUCACUUGAAAAGACACCAUUUAAGACAUUCCGGCCAGAAGCCAUACUCGUGCGUGUUCUGCAGUGACUCGUUCGCCCGAUGGUACGUGCGCGAAAACUUCCAAGUACCAGAUGUCUUACUCACAUCUUACACCUCUAGUGAUAACCUUCGCGACCAUUAUGCCGAGUGCGCGCAACGAGGAGAUCGCCAAAUCCCCGAGACCGGCCAGAGGGGUCGCCGCCGCCAUGCAUGCCUUUCGUGUACCUCCAUGAAACUACGAUGCGACGGUCAAAGUCCCUGCGGAUCUUGCGUGAAACGAAACCUCGACUGCAACAAUGAGCGGACUGGCCGACCGCAACAUGUUGGUCUAGACGAAGGAUCGCCUGCGACUGGAACCGAGACUGAGACUUACGCCAAAGAAUCUGAUCGCGGGUCGAUCAAGUUCCUUCUGAAUAGUGGUCUCGACAGCUUCACGGAAGACUUCCGGUUGCCCCCACGCAAUGACCGGGCUCGCACACUCAUUUACAAUGACCAGGAGAUGCAAGAGGCUUCAGUGGGAGUUUUUCCAUACGAUGUACAAGGCAACCGGCCGGGAUAUACCCCAGGAUUGGCCGAUCCCGAUCCGGCUGGGAUGCAAUAUUUUCCGAAUUCAUUUCUCGACUUCUUCAACGCAUCUUUCGGGGACCAAAAGCCUAUUGAAGAUCUAUACACCGGGCACAUUACUUAUCCUGCUGGUAUUCCUCCCGUCCAGGAUCUUCACCAAGCCAUUAGACCAGAUCAAGCUAUCUUCGAGCCAGAGCGCCCAUUUGCCAUGGCCCUGGUUCAAUCAAUUUUAGCUCGAGCAUGGACGGUGCCUUUGGAUAACAAGGGCCAGGAAGAGAUCUCGAGUAAUCUCAAUUUUCUGUUGACCACCGCACGCAUUAGGAAGUUUGCUUCAUUAUACUUUAAGUUUUGGCAGCCCAGCUGCCCUAUGAUCCACGUCCCCUCCUUCGACCCUGAGACAGUCUCUUUGCCACUUCUGGCCGCGGUAGUUUUCAUGGGAGCCAUGUACAGCAGUGACCAGAAGGAAGUCUACAUCGCCAAACGAGUCUUUGACUUUGCCGAGAUAUUCGUUUACUCUAGCCAAGUCUACUCGGCAGAGACCGAGAUCGCGAGUUUACUGCUAGGUAAUCGGAACACUAUCGAUGAGGCAGAUGACUGGACGAAAUUUCAAAAUUUCCAAGCCGGGUUCAUCAUGGUCGCAGCUCAAUAUUGGGCGGGGAAUCAAACCGCUCGGGGUCGUGCAAUGGAGAACCGCUUUAGUGAGGUUGUCAAAUUGGCUCGACGCCUUCGUCUCAUCAAAUGUCGUCAUAUGCCGCAUGAACAAUCAGAUGAAACUCUCUGGAUUCAAACAGAGUGCCGUAUUCGAACUAUUUCCAUUAUCUCAUUGAUGGACUGUGCAUUUUUCUUCUUUCAAAACUACCCUUACCGUCUUUCAACCGCCGAAAUGGAAAACGACUUCCCUUGUGAACAAUCUCUCUUCCAAUCCAAGCAUCCAUUCUCAGAACCAAACUUCCGUCUCUCCCGCAAUCUCACUUUAUACGAAGCAUUCCAGAACUUGUUUGCCUGCCCACAGGGUUUCCCCGGACAGACUCCAGACCCGAGUCCCAUGGAUUUGACUCUUUUUGACAUGUUCAUACUCAUCCACAUUCUGUUUGCCUUCAUCAAUACACACAUGAUGCUUGUCGGUACUUUAGGACGCCACAGCGAAGUCAUACAACUACAACAGAAAUCUUCUAACGGCAAAAGCGCAAUCCCUGAAGAUUCGCUGCUAUCUUCUAUCAUGACAGCGUUGAAUCGCUGGCAUGAUCACUGGCUUCAAUUGCGCACUCAAGUGCCGAACGACGAAUGGACUUCGAUGGGUUUCCUCAAGAACGGGUAUAAUUUCUGGCUCGUCUCACAGCUUCUCGUAACCAAGAAGGAUGCUGUUGAGGUUCUUAUGCGGAUGGAAGUCAACUGCGACGAUAAGUUGGAAAAAUUAAAGGUUUUGUUACAAGAUGAUCAAGAAUAA